AACAAUCUUUAGUUUCUCUUGGAGUUCAGGAGGUGGGAAUUGUCUCGCUCGCUUGUUCAGGAAAACAUGUUCUGAUCUUCAGGCAGCCGGAUCUUUACAGUUUGUAUUUCUUCCUGAACAACUGAAAAAUGGACGAAAUACUACUACAAAUCAAAGAUAAACUGACGAGAAGUGAUCUAGAAAGUCUGAAAUUUCUAAGCUCUGACAUCAUACCAUUACAGAAACAAGAAAACAUUACGAGAUCUCUAGCAUUCUUUCAGGCACUCCAGAAAAGGGAAUUGUUGGAUAACAAUUCCAUAUUAGAGGAACUUUUGUUCCUAAUAGGUCGAAAAGACAUCUUGACCAAACAACUGAAUGUCAAUAUAGAAGAGUUGAAGAGAAAACUUCAGCACUCAGACAGCCUGAAGAUUUCUCCCUAUAGGAAGCUACUAUUUAAGAUUGCAGAAAACAUGACCAGUGAUUAUCUGGAUAGUGCUAAAUUUCUGCUCCGAAGAGAUCUUCCACAGAGUAAACUGGAAGGUAUUAAGACUCCAUUAAAGCUCUUCAUUGAAAUGGAAAAACAUGGAUUAAUAGAGAAAACUAACCUUAAAGCAUUAAAGGACAUUUUGCAGAGCCUAAAUGCUGAGUGUCUGCUAAAGCAUAUUAAAGAGUAUGAAAAAAAAACAAAAGAUCUGGCUGGAUCAGCAGUUACAGCACAACUGGAAAGUCAUUUGGGACAUCUCAGUCUUCUUUCAGGAAAUGCUGGCCAGGCUGCAGCUCCCCUAAAUAUACCUGAAGAAAGUGAAAUGAAUACACUACCACAGUCCAUGCCUCCUUACAAGAUGGAGCACGUACCCCAUGGAUAUGUUGUGAUCAUUGACAACAUACAUUUUAGUAACCCUGUUGAUGUCAGAAUCGGGACAGAAAAAGAUGUAGCUGCUCUGAGAAAAGUCUUUGGCAGGCUUCAAUUCAAAGAGAAAUAUCAUUCGAACUUGGAUGCCAGUCAAUUGCAUGAAGUCAUGAAAGACUAUAGCAAAAGGGACUACACAGAUCAAGAUGCCUUCAUCUGCUGUAUCCUCUCGCAUGGCAAGAAAGGAGUGGUAUUGGGAACUGACUGGAAACCUGUAGCCAUCAAAAAGCUGCUGUCUUAUUUCACAGCCAAUGAGUGCAAAACUCUGAAGGAUAAACCAAAAUUAUUCUUUAUUCAGGCUUGCCAGAAUGGAAAAAGUGAUUCUCUCCCAGAAGUGGAUGUUGAAUUUGAUUUGGAAGCAGAUGCCAUUUGCAGCAACACCACUCAUGAAUGGUCUGAUAUCUUUAUUGGCAUGGCCACUGUGGAAGACUCUCUAGCCCAGAGGAGUGGUUCUAUAGGGAGCCCAUAUAUCCAGAAUCUCUGCAAAGAGCUUGAGGCUCACUGCCCUCAAAAGAAGGAGCUACUGGAAAUUAUGACAAGUGUGAACAGUAAAGUGAGUAACAUUAUCCAGAUGCCAGAAUUCAGGUCAACACUCCGGGCCCCUUUCAUCUUUCAGGUGCCAGAAGAGUCACAGAAAGCCCCAAUUGGGCACUGAAAAUAUCUCCAUGACAAGUCCUUCUAGCAACCAUCUGCUAAUGAAGUUGAGCUACAUCUGAGCAAGGGAGAUGUGAAUAGCAUUGAGUUGAGGAUCAGGGCUAUUCUGAUGUCAAAAAAGUUCUCAGGAUCAAUGAUACAUGUAAAUCCCAGUGGAAUUGCUUGUUGGCUAUGGAAGGGGAGUAGGGAGAGGGGACAGAAAGAACAUGAAUCAUGUAAAUAUGGAAAAAUAUU